AUGAAUGUAGUAUACAUGAAAUUUAUUAUUGCUUGAAGCAUGUAUUUAUUUUAGUUCAUACGUCUCUCUAUGUCAAAACAUUUGAUGCUUCAACAAAUAUAGGUAUAAGUGUGUGUAUGGAAUUGUAUGGAAUGAGGUUCUUCGUACAUAGUUAUAUGUCAAAAUUUUCUAGUUUUUCGCAAGAAAUUAUUACAAAAACGUAAUAAUUUCCAUUGUUCUUGAGUUACGCAUAAGAGUUUGACAGACUAUGCAGGAAUUUCCGUGUGUUUUAUCGGAAUAUGAAGAAAUCAAUCCUCUUCUUUAUAAGCCUAUCACUUCGACUCAACGAAUCAAGUAUACGUGUUUCAAUGUAUCUCUGAAUUAUAUUAUAUUGGGUUCAACCAGUGGCAGUAUUUAUCUAUUCUCCAGGAAACCAUGCACAUUUGUACAAUUGAUACCCUUAUCGGAAGGACCAGUUUCUCAUGUUCUCAUAUCACCUGAUGAAAAAAAAAUUGCUUUGUCAACAACUCGUGGAACAGUUUGUUUGGUAGCUAUAAAACCAACUCCAAAAUUAUUAGCCAUAUCAACAGAAUAUAUUAAUGAACAAAUUAACUGCCUUUGUUGGAAUGAUAAUAGUUCAGAAGUAUAUAUCGCAGAUGGCAAUGGAAAAAUUUCUGUUCUGGUGAUGUCCAUUUUUACGGUUAAUGGAAUGUUUCAAGCACCAGCCUGUACAUUAAUGAACCUUGAUUCUGCUGUUGUACAGCUCAAUUUUUGUUCACCAUUACUGUUAGUGUCGACACUGACACGUUGUUACAUAUGUGAUACAGUGCAAGAACAAUACAAGCAAAUAGGAAAUAAAACACGGAAUGGGGAAUUUGGUGCUUGUUUUUAUAAAACAAAUAAAAGUACCGUGGUUACCCCAAAGGAAGAAAAAUUAGUCAGUAGGAAAGGUUCCUUCAAUUUUAUUUCAGAAAGUAACAAUAGCCUAGAAGAAGCAAAUUAUCCUCAAAUUUUUUGUGCGCGACCAAGUUCUAGACUUUGGGAAGUAUCUGCAAAUGGCACUGUUAUGAAAACUCAUCAAUUUAAGGAAGCCUUAGCUAUUCCACCUACAACAAUAUGCAGAUCAAAUAUGAGAAAAUCCAUUUACCAAAAACCAAUGGAACAAGCUUGGCUGCCACAGUCUAUUAAUUUUUCUCACUUAUUUACCAUUGCAGAAAAGUAUUUAUUUUCAUUCACUUCUACUGGUAUAUAUGUACUUGAUCCUAUAACUGCAACUGUAUUAUUAUGGAACAAUGAAUUUUCAAACAUACAUGCUGCAGAAACAAUAGAAAAUGAAAUAUAUUUGAUGACUUCAGAUGGAAACUUUCAUUGUUUAAUUCUAUCUGUCUUAGAUUCCUUAAUAUUAUGGUUGUACAAUAGAAAAAAGUAUCAUGAGUGUAUUGAGAUCUGCCUUGUAUAUAAAAUGCAAUUAAAAAAGUUAAUAAAUAGCACAGAGAUUAAUGCUAUAUGUGAUAUGGAGAACAAACUACAGAUACUUAGAGACGAUGAGUUAUCAACGUUAUUGCAUCCUUUAAUUCAUUUGCUAGAAUCUAAUUCCAAAAUAACUCCAAAGAAAUUAGAUUCAGGUAUUGUUGUUGUUAAUAGUGGAAACUCAAACUUGAAAGAGGAAGAAAAGUUUAAUUCUGUACCUUACCGUCUUUCACAAAAUAAUGAAAAUUCCCGUGAAAUUGGAUUGUUAGCAGGAAAUGAAACGUUAACUAAUUUAUCGAAAAAUUCUGUUGACGAAUUGGCAGAAGCUAAAGAUGCAAAUUGCAAUACAGCUAAAGUACAAGAAGAUAACAAUGAGGAAACAUUAAAAUUUGAUGAACAAUUAUCUGUGAAUAAAACUGUAACGCAUAGAAUACAAGCAGAUUUAGAAAUUAUUUACGCGUUAAUCGAUGAUAUUAAACCUUCUAUGGAUGAAGAACAGAUAGAAAAAAUAAUUUUAGAUGUAGAUUGGAAAAUGAAUGUUCUCAAAGAUUCAUAUGAAAUUUUUACUGAAGUAAAAGGUUUUGUGUACGAAAUAUUAAGAAGUGUCGAAUUAUAUUAUUUCAAUGCUUUGUUAGAAAACAUUUCAGUACAACUAAUAGAGUCAAGUGAUAACGAAACUAUUAUAAAACAAGUAAUGAAAGCUUUCGUUAAUAUAAAUGCGCAAAACUAUAAAAUGUGUACCUGUGGUAGUCCAUGUCCGACAGAUGAAUUAGUAGACCCAAAGUUCCUGGAAAUCGGUAGAUACCUUCUUAAAAAAACUAUAGACGAAAGUAAAGAACAAUGUAUAAUUUUAUGUAACAAAGUACCUUAUAUGUGGCGAGAAUAUUUGUCAGUCUACGUGAAUCGGCAUGACGUAUUAACGAAUGAUUUACUACGUCAGUGCCUUCAAAUUAGGGAUAGUAAUUUGCUUUCCACUCUCUUAGUGUUGUUAGAUGAAAAGCACUGGUGUCUCAUACCAAGGUAUGUGAAGGAAAUGCAGGAGGGGCUAUGUUUAUUCUGUGGUAAAUCUAUAAAAAAAGGUAGUAAUGAAGUAUCAAUAAACUGGACUACUGUGGUAUAUGAUAUUAUGAAGAAACAGGGACCUGAUAUUGCUAUAAUGAUAGUAACAAAGUUGGUACAAGCUAUCCCAAAUAUUUCUGUCGAUAAAAGUAUAUUUCAGUCGCUGAUAUUUACAAAAAUCUUGUACCAGCAUGGAAUGAAACAUGCUAUUAAUUUUAACAAGGAAUCAUCUGAAUACAAUACAAUAUGUUCCACAAAGAUACGAAAUCAAUUAGUAGAAGUUCUUGAAAAAGAUUUAAGUCGACCAGUCAAUAAGAAUAUAUUUGGAAAUGGUGCUCAUCAUUGGGGAAUGCAUUAUCAAAGCAAAUUACGUACAUGUCCUUGCUGCACCUUAUCUCUUCGAACGCAGGUUCUACUAGGUAACAAUGGAAUUGUAAUAUUUGAUUGCGGUCACGCGUAUCAUGUUAACUGUGUGAUAGAAAAAAAACUUACAUCCUGUAAUUUGCAUUCCUAAGUGCACAUGCGCCAGAAACAAUAAACCUAGAGAAAAAUAUUAAACGUACAGACGCUGCUUUAGUGUAUAUUUAAAGAGGAAUUGCUCGUUCUUCAUCUAGUCUUUAUAAAUUGCUCGUAUAUCUAUAUGUAAAUGUACAUGUAAAUUUAUUGUCUUCGUACAAAUGGUUUUAUCACAAAUUUCACGAUUUAACAAUGCAAUUGAAGAGAUCUUAAGAAGUAAAUAUUUAUACUUUUAGUCUUUCGAAAUAUAAUUUGAAUCGUGAGCAAUUAGAACGUUAUAAAGUUUUACAAAAUACAAUUUCAUUUUAUAUAGAAAAACAAGUAUAAAAAUUACAAUAGUAAUUCGCCUUUGUAAUGUAAAAAAGUACAAAGAUAU